GACGGAAGGUAGCCUGGGGGUAGUUUGCUCGUUAAGGGAAGCUACCAAACAUCCAUUCUUCCUCCUACAACAACGAACAACAUUACAGUCUAACUAAAUUGAAAUCGCGCUCACUCCUCCUGCUUCAUGCCCCGCCAAAGAUUGAAUUGAUACAAAUAAAAUACAAUGACAGAUCCCCAAGGCGCCCCAGGCCUUUCCUUUCCGACUGAUCCUCAAGAAUUCGAGCUCGACGAACGCAUUUCCUUCUCGAAACUCGACAACAAGUACAUCGCCGUGCAAGAUGACGGGAGCGAAUUUGAAUGGGACGCACAACUAAAACGAUGGAUCCCAGUUGUAGACGAAGAACUUCUUGCCCAACAACAAUCGGCUUACGGCGGCGGCAGCGCGACCCCUGAAGAUGACAGUAACAACAAUAACAGCCAUCAUAAUAAGAAGCGCAAGAAGGGUUAUGCAAAUGGGUCAGGAGAGCCAAGCCGAGGCGUUCCAUCACAAGGUCGCCCGCAGAAGAGACAAAAACAACCACCACAGCCUCGCCAGAACACGGCCAUCUACGUUACGGGCUUGCCAUUAGACGCGACAGUCGACGAAGUACACGAGGUAUUUUCGCGCAAAUGCGGAGUCAUCGCCGAAGAAAUCGACAGCGGACGUCCGCGCAUCAAGCUCUACACCGAUGAGAAGGGAAAUUUCAAAGGCGACGCCCUAGUCGUAUUCUUCAAGCCGCAAAGCGUCGAAAUGGCCAUCAUGCUUCUCGACGACACCGAUUUCCGCUUUUCCGCCUCGGGAUUAUCUACCGGACGCAUGCGCGUGCAAGCCGCGGACUCCAGCUACAAGAAAACACACUACGAGAACGAAGAGGGGGAGAACGGGAAUAAACAAGGGGGGGAUAACGGAGCGGAGGAAAGCGAACGUAGUAAUCAGAUCACAGGAGCGGGUAAACCGCGCGACCGUACGCGCGAGCAGGAUAAGCAGAAAAUCAUCAAGCGCACGCAAAAACUCGACGCCAAGCUCGCGGAUUGGGACGAUGAUGAUCUGUACGGUGGACAACUGGAUAUGGGUGCAAAGCGCGAUCGACUUGUAGUCCUACGCCACAUGUUCACGCUGCGCGAGUUAGAUGAGGAUCCUGCGGCUCUGCUUGAUAUCAAGGAGGAUAUCCGCGAUGAGUGCUCGAAGUUGGGACCGGUGACGAAUGUUGUGCUGUAUGAUCUUGAAGAGGAGGGCAUUGCGAGUGUUAAAUUUCGUACGCCGGAGGCUGCGCAGGCGUGUGUGGAGCUUAUGGAUGGGAGGGCGUUUGAUGGUCGUACGGUACGUGCUACGAUUGCGACGGGGCGCGAGAAGUAUUGUAGGUCUGGUAGGAAACAAGGUGAAGAUGCGGAUGAGGCGGAGGAUAGUGAUAGUUGAGGGUCUUAGUGAAGAUAACAAGAAAGGGAGGAAUCAGUCGAUGUUUCUUGGACUCAAGAGUAUCCUGCUUAGGAUUAUGAGCAAUGGUCAGCUGCUGGAUCUUACUAGUGUAUUAUGUAUUUUA